AUGUCGGAUCUGGCAGGAGGCUUUGUGCCUCUGUCACCACCGCCGUCCUCGGUCGCUUCCUCGAAUACGCCAAACUCGCUGCCGCAACCAAGGAGAACACCCCUCAAGCCUGGCGGUACCAAAGAAUCAAGAUUGAUCCGCCAUGUCGACCAGCAGAUCCUUCAUAUCCAGAGGCGCUUUGCAAAGAGAGACCCCUCGUUGGGUCAUGGUGUGCGAGAGGUGGACGAAGAGGGCAGGAUGAUCGAACAGCUCAACGAUCCUGCCACCGAAAAGAGACUGCAACAAUCAGACGAGUGGAAUGAUGUAAAGGGCUACUCUGGCUUUGGUGAAGCUGCAAAGGAUGUUGACGAGCUUGUAGCUGUCAUCUGGAUCAGUGGCACUCCAGCUCUGCAGGUGCCGUACUUGAUCAGCUUGGCUCUUCUCGUCAACAAUAUGAUUCCUGCGUUUCCGCUUGCUCCUCGUCCGCUGUUCAGGGAUGUUGCGACCGACGAGAUACUUCCUGGUUUCAACACGGGUCGUGGUGUCAGCGGCACAGAAAAGGUUCGCAUAAAGAGCUUGGCUGAAAGGACAAGAGUAUGCGUUGUUGAGGUACUGAACAAGGGAGAGUUUGACGAGGAAGAUGAUGCAGACACCCGUGAACCUUCGCCAGCAGACACUGACAUGGACGGUGAUUUGGUCCUGGAUGACGAUGACGGACCUGAAGAUAUCAACGUCGACGACAUUGCCGAUGACGAUGAUUGGCACACACAAACAAGUAGAGUCUAUGACAAGACCAUGGUUGAGUUGGGCGACUCGAUGGACGGUGCUCCAAUUGGUAUCAUAACAGAAACCAGAAUUGGAACUUGA